AGGACAUAUUCCCAUACUCUGAAAAUAAAGAUAAAUAUGGAAAACCAAACAAAAGAAAGGGUUUUAAUGAAGGGUUGUGGGAAAUUGACAACAAUCCAAAAGUGAAGUUCUCUCAUCAACAGAACGAUGUACAACUCACAAAGCUGGGGUUUCAGAAUUACCUUGUUUCACGUCCUUGUCGGUUCCCUUGGUGUUUUGACUACACUGCAGCUCUCCAGUUGAUGAGGGUGUUGCCUUAGUAUCACAAUCUCUAAGCUGGGGAAAUGAAUGCAUACAGGUUCUUCCUCCUCAUAAGAGGACGCUCUUCUGCCUAAUAAAUAAGAAAUAAUCUUUGUUAUUGUCACAGUUAGUAACUAAAGACUUUUUGAAAGUAGUAGCUCAAGACAUCUUAAUCUGGAAAGGAAAUAGUUUGAGUAUUUCAUGUAAUUAUUGGUAUGGUUUGCAUGAGACUUCUAUGUGAAGUAGGUUGGUAAAAUGAGGAGGCUUGAAAACCAAAAAGGGCUUUUAAAGCCACGAGCAACAAAACCCUCAAGUCAGGAAUUCUGAACAAUUUAGGUAAUUAACGCAGGGGGAUUUUUUGUUAGUGAUGUGCACAAGGAGAAACAGAGACACUUGUGAAGAAUACAUUGGCUUUCAUCUGUUGCUUCUGCUUCCCCAUUACUGUCCUCUGGUCCCUUUGGCAUAUGUAAUAGUCCCUAGUGGAGGUGUAGUUACUUUGCUUUUGCUGCUCCUUGUUUCUGUCUUCACCUGUGGGUGGGCUCCUCCAGGACUGUGGUCCCCUCAAAGGUGUACCUUUUUACCCCCACUCUCUCAGCUUCUCUGGGCUCUGGCCUGACUGGGAGCACUCCUCCUGUGCCUCCGUUUUUCUCCUCAGUACCUUUCCUACUCUGGCCUUUUUUCUGCCUCAGUGUCCCUCAUGCCCUGCAUGGGCAUUAGGUCUGUGAUCAGGUAACCCCUUCCUCUUUAUUUCUCCUGCCAUGCUUGGUCUCUGACCUUACCAUUGGUUUCUCUCCAAUCUGGGGCUGUCACCUCCUUCCCUGAGCCUUUCUCCAGCAGUGCCCUCGGCCCUGUGCUGGGCCCAGCGUGGGCUUUCAGUGAGUGCAGAGCUGGAGCAAGCUGAGGACAGCCCCUCAGGGCUCUCCAGUGACCUGGGACACAGACUCAUAAACCUGCUCCUAUGCCCAAGUCCCAUCCAGCUGUUAACACAUCGAUCAAAGAAACUAUUCAAGAAAGCAGUCAAGAGGCUGCGGAGGGAAGUGAAGAAAAAUCAGGAGCCAAAAGGAGAAAGCCGUCUAUCCCCAAAUUAUCCCCUAAAGAGGAUAACAACUUACCUGCAGAAACUGAAGCAGAAGAAAAGGAGAUGCCUACUACAAAGGAAGAUGAUGUACCUUCUGAAAAAAACAGCAAAGAAGGUGUGGUGAAAACAGAUGAUGCUUCUAUUCCCAAAGUUGCUAGAAGAGGAAGAAAAAGAAAGGCUGAAAAACAAGGUGAAGCUGAGGAAACAGCAGUAGUGGCAACAGCAGCAGUGGUAGCAGCAGCAGCAGCAACUCCUGUGACUGUAUCUCCAAAAGUAAGCCCUAAAAGAGGAAGACCAGCAGCUUCUGAAGUAAAAGUUCCAAAACCGAGAGGGAGACCCAAGUUGGUGAAGCCAUCUUGUCUUUCUGAAAGUGACCUUGUUAAUGAGGAGGAGAAAGGAAAGAAAAAAGGACCAGAUGAGAAGCCUAAAAAACAAGUGAAGAAGGAUGAGGAAGGUCAGAAAGAAGAGGAAAAACCAAAGAAGGAACAUGAUAAAAAAGAUGGAAAGAAAGAGGCUGAACCAAAAAGGAAAAAUGCUGCAAAACUGGGUUCUGCAUCAGCUUCUGAUUCUGAAGAUGAGGGGGGAGAAGAAGAAGGUGACAAGAAGAAAAAAGGGGGAAGAAGCUUUCAGUCAACUCAUAGAAGAAACAUCAUGAGAGGCCAGCAUGAGAAAGAGGGGACAGAAAGAAAACGUAAGCAAGAGGAACAGGGAGAAAGUGAACUGCAGAGUAAAGAAGAAGGCAAGAAAACAGAAGUUAAGAAGAUGGAGAAGAAGAGAGAAACAUCAAUGGAUUCUAGGCUUCAGAGGAUACAUGCAGAGAUUAAAAACUCCCUGAAAAUUGAUAAUCUUGAUGUGAACAGGUGUAUUGAGGCUCUUGAUGAAUUGGCAUCUCUUCAGGUCUCAAUGCAGCAGGCUCAGAAACACACAGAGAUGAUUCUGACACUCAAGAAGAUACGGAAGUUCAAAGUUAGCCAAGUUAUCAUGGAGAAAUCUACAAUGCUGUAUAACAAGUUCAAGACCAUGUUUCUGGUAGGAGAAGGAGAUUCUGUUCUCUCUCAAGUACUAAAUAAAUCACUUGCAGAGCAGAAGCAGCAUGAGGAAGCCAAUAAAACCAAGGAGCAGUGGAAGAAAGGAACAAACAAAAAAAAUGAGAAGGAAAAGGACCAAACAGGUUCAAAGAUUCUGAAUGGAGGGCCUGAAACUCAAGACACCAACCAAUCACAGCACAAUGGAGAGAAUGGUGAAGAAAAGAAAGAUAAACAUGAAGUUAGUAGUAAGAAAAAGACAUGUGGUGAAGAGAAAGAGCUUGAAAAACCAGCAAAAGAAUCUUCCUUUGAAAACAAAUGACACCACUGGAGUUGUUUUUUUUUAAUUCUAAUUGAAUUUGAAUUGCAUUUGAAAUCUAUAGACUGCUGAAAGUUUUAAAUAAUUUUAUAAGCAUAGUAUUUUAAAAUGUUUUGGGGGUUUUUUUGUUGUUUUUUUUUUAAUCUUGGUUUGAAAGUAUUUAAACACUUGCUAAUAGUUUUGUCCAGUAUUAACAGGUAACACAUUUCAAAAUACAGAAUUUCCACUUAGGAGAGAAACUUAGAAAUUCUUAUGUUACAGGACUUAGAGUUGUAGUAUAUUUUUAUCUGACUACUGUAUGUUUGUCUAGUUAGUAGCAGGAAAAAGUAAAUACUUUUAACUGCUUAAUUGCUUCCUUUGUAUAAAACCUGUCUUCCUACAAUACUGACCUUUGUUUGUGCAUAGUUUUUCAGCUCUUGUGGGGAUAUCUCUUCAGCGUGUUUUGUAGGAGCUGGAAGCAGCAUUUUUAUAGCUAUUAAAAUGUUAAUGUGAAAGUUUGCUUAAUCACUUUUUCUAAAGAAGUUUAGUUCUUGCAAAACUCAUUGUGCCAACUUACUGCAAUGUGAUUUCAUGGUAUGCUUUUUGGUAUGAUAAGUAUACUAGAAAGAAGUACUGUGUUUUGACCAAGGCUGUCGAUGCACACUGAUUGGAAAACACUGUCUUCAACCAUUUCUAAAAUUAAAGAAUUCAAACUGA